AUGGCGUCUUGGUUUGUUGAAAUACUUGGUUUGUUGAAAUAUGAUUCUGAAGAACGACUCUUCUAUGAAUGUCCAUCAGGCAUAUUUGAUAUGGUUACAGCAGAAGGUCCUGUGCAUGUGUUUCUAAUCCCAGGGAGAAGGAAUCACUUUGCCUACUACAACUAUCCCAAUUACGAAGAUGGUUCUGACUCCAGAGAUAAACCGAAGCUCUAUCGUUUGCAACUAAGUGUGACAGAAGUUGGUACAGAAAAAUUUGAUGACAACUCCAUUCAGUUAUUUGGUCCAGGAAUUCAAUCACACCACUGUGACCUUACUAACAUGGAUGGAGUUGUUACAGUGACUCCCAGAAGCAUUGAUGCUGAAACUUACGUAGAAGGUCAACGGAUCUCUGAGACCACUAUGCUGCAAAGUGGUAUGAAAGUUCAGUUUGGGACCUCUCAUGUAUUUAAAUUUGUGGACCCCAUUCAAGAUCAUAUUCCUAAAGGACGUCUAGAUGCAAGCCACAUGGUCAAAAGUUCACGUCUCAAAUCUGGAGGUGUACAAGAAACUACUUUUGAUUUGGAAGGAGACAUCCAAAGUGUAACAGGAUUAUCUACAAGCAAGAGCAGCAAUAGAUUGGACUGUGACAGAAUGUCAACUUCUAGCACAGCUGAACGAAGCAUGGUGAAACCAAUGAUCAGAAUAGAACAGCAAGAUUAUCACAAGCAGGAUGGCAGACUUCAGGAUGGUCCAGAAUUGAUACUACCUGCAAGUGUUGAAUUCAGAGAAAACUCUGAGGAUGCUUUUUUGUCUGCCAUCAUCAAUUACACCAAUAGCUCAACAGUGCAUUUUAAGCUAUCGCCUACUUACGUUCUGUACAUGACAUGUCGGUAUGUAUUAUCAAGCCAGUACAGACCCGACAUCAGUCCUGCUGAACGAACUCAUAAAGUCAUUGCAAUAGUCAACAAGAUGGUGAAAAUGAUGGAAGGAGUUAUACAAGAGGUAGACCAGGUUGAUCAGAAACAGAAGAAUAUUGCUGGCGCACUUGCUUUUUGGAUGGCAAAUGCAUCUGAGUUGCUAAAUUUUAUUAAGCAGGAUCGAGACUUAAGCCGAAUCACAUUAGAUGCUCAAGAUGUUUUGGCACACCUAGUUCAGAUGGCAUUUAAAUACUUAGUCCACUGUCUUCAGUCAGAGCUUAAUAACUACAUGCCUGCAUUCCUUGAUGAUCCAGAAGAGAAUAAUCCUCAAAGACCUAAAAUAGAUGAUGUCUUGCAUACAUUAACUGGAGCCAUGUCCCUGUUGCGACGAUGUAGAGUGAAUGCAGCCCUGACAAUACAGCUCUUCUCCCAGCUAUUUCAUUUUAUCAACAUGUGGCUUUUUAACAGAUUGGUUACUGAUCCAGAUUCAGGACUGUGUUCACAUUACUGGGGAGCCAUUAUUCGUCAACAGUUGGGUCAUAUAGAAGCCUGGGCAGAAAAACAGGGUUUGGAGCUGGCUGCUGAUUGUCAUCUCAGUCGGAUAGUACAAGCAACUACAUUACUUACUAUGGAUAAGUAUUCUCCUGAAGACAUUCCUAAUAUUAAUAGUACCUGUUUUAAACUCAAUUCUUUACAACUGCAUGCAUUGCUACAAAACUAUCACUGUGCCCCAGAUGAGCCAUUUAUCCCACCAGAAUUAAUAGAAAAUGUGGUAGCUGUUGCAGAAAAUACUGCUGAUGAACUAGCUCGUAGUGAUGGUAGAGAAGUACAGUUAGAAGAGGACCCUGAUCUUCAGCUUCCUUUUCUUCUCCCAGAAGAUGGUUACUCCUGUGAUGUUGUCCGAAACAUUCCAAAUGGAUUACAGGAAUUUUUAGAUCCACUCUGCCAAAGAGCUUUUUGCAGGUUAACACCUCAUCCACGCUCACCAGGAACUUGGACAAUAUAUUUUGAAGGUGCAGAUUAUGAGAGCCACCUGUUACAAGACAAUGCAGAUUUGGCUCAGCCACUGAGGAAAGAACCUGAAAUAAUUACUGUAACACUAAAGAAACAAAAUGGGAUGGGACUAAGCAUAGUUGCUGCUAAGGGUGCUGGUCAAGAUAAACUUGGCAUCUAUGUCAAAUCUGUGGUAAAAGGUGGUGCUGCAGAUGUGGAUGGUCGAUUGGCUGCAGGGGAUCAGUUGCUUAGUGUGGAUGGGCGCAGUUUGGUUGGACUUUCUCAAGAAAGAGCCGCAGAACUGAUGACAAGAACAGGAUCAGUAGUCACACUAGAAGUGGCAAAACAAGGAGCAAUUUACCAUGGUUUAGCAACACUGUUAAAUCAACCAUCUCCAAUGAUGCAAAGAGUUUCAGAUCGUCGUGGCUCAGGUAAACCCCGUCCAAAGAGUGAAGGUUUUGAGCUAUAUAACAAUUCUGCUCAGAAUGGAUCACCUGAAAGCCCUCAGAUGCCUUGGACAGAAUAUAAUGAACCAAAGAAAUUACCAGGGGAUGAUAGACUGCUGAAAAAUCGAGCUGAUCACCGAUCUAGUCCCAAUGUAGCAAAUCAGCCUCCAAGUCCUGGGACCAAAAAGGUUUAUACUGGAGGAACUACAAAUAAGAUAACUUCAGUGUCUACUGGAAAUCUUUGCACAGAGGAACAGGUACUACCAGCUAGACCUGAAGCAUAUCCAAUUCCAACACAAACUUAUACCAGAGAGUAUUUCACAUUUCCAGCCUCCAGGUCUCAAGAUCGAAUGGGUCCCAUUCAGAAUCAAUGGGCAAGUUAUGAAGAAAAGCCCCAAAUUCCUGCUGAAAGUAAUCACUAUAUCAAUAGUGCAAAUCAGCGUGUAACACGUUCUCAAGAGGAACUGCGGGAUAACAACAUUUAUCAGGCAGAAAGGAAUCAAUUAGAAGUUGCCAUGCAAAAAGAUAUGGAAUAUAUUGAUAGAAAAUCAGAUAGUGAUCCAUGGAUGAAUUCUUCUGUGGAUUCUAGCACAUCAAGCCAGGAGCAUCUAAACAGUUCCUCUAAAUGUAUCCCCUCUGGAUCUUCUUUGACCAAAAGUGGACCUGGCCGUUGGAAAACACCUAUAAUUACUCAACCAAUGUUGCUGGCAGUUUCUCAGUCCACAAGGACAGACUUACCUCCCCCUCCCCCACCAAUGCACUAUGCAGCUGACUUUGAUGGACUGCAAAUGGAUUUACCUCUCCCACCACCACCUCCACCUGCAAAUCAGUUGGGGUCCCAGUCGUCUCAGGUUGCUGCUGCUGCAGAGCGCAAAAAGAGAGAAGAACAUCAGAGAUGGUAUGAAAAGGAAAAAGCACGCUUGGAGGAAGAACGAGAUAGAAAACGUCGAGAGCAGGAAAGAAAACUGGGGCAAAUGCGUGCUCAGCCACUAAUGCCAGCUCAGUCAUUGCUUCCUCCUCUUCAGCAGGUGAAACCAGAGAAGCCUUCAACACUGCAAAGGUCUCAUGAGACGGUCAUUAGAGAAUUGCAGCCCCAACAACAACCCCGAACAAUUGAAAGAAGAGAUCUCCAAUAUAUCACCAUAAGUAAAGAAGAACUGUCCUCUAGUGAUAGUCUGUCUCCUGAUCCCUGGAAAAGAGAUGCUAAGGAGAAGCUGGAGAAGCAGCAGCAGAUGCAUAUUGUGGAUAUGCUCAGUAAAGAGAUUCAAGAACUUCAAAAUAAGCCAGAUCGAACAGGUGAAGAAAAUGACCGCCUACGCAAGCUCAUGCUGGAAUGGCAGUUCCAAAAACGACUUCAAGAGUCAAAGCAAAAAGAUGAGGAUGAAGAUGAGGAAGAAGAUGAUGACAUUGAUACUAUGCUGAUUAUGCAACGACUAGAAGCUGAGAGAAGAGUGAGGUUACAGGAUGAAGAGCGCAGACGGCAGCAGCAAUUGGAGGAAAUGCGCAAACGGGAAGCAGAAGAUAGGGCCAGGCAAGAAGAAGAGCGCCGUCGCCAAGAGGAGGAGCGGACAAAGCGAGAGGCUGAGCAAAAGAGGCGACAGGAAGAAGAAUAUUAUAAUCGCUUGGAAGCAGAGAGGCGCCGCCAGCAUGAUGAAGCAGAACGGCGAUUGCUGGAGCCCGAUGAGCCUGGUCUGUACAGACCUCCGCUUCCACGGGAAUAUGAAUUCCCCUCCCCACCCCUUUCAUCUAAUGCUCCUCCUCCCCCACCUCAACGAAACACUUCUUACCUCAAAACUCAGGUCCUCUCUCCUGAUACGAUUUAUACUGCCAAGUUUGUUGCAUACAAUGAUGAGGAGGAGGAGGACUCCUGUCUAGCAACAGGUCAGAAUAAGUACACCAGUACAAGAAAGUCUUGCGGUGACCUUCCUCCUGUCCCCCCUAAGCCACAGCAGCCCUCCCGCCAGCCACGCCCAGUCUCAGAUGGUUUCUGUCUGUCCAACUCAUGCCAGCCCUCCGUUGUCAAUGCCAACAGUACUGCUAACAAAAUGAGCCAACCCCCUCCCCCAUUACACAAGCCAAGUUUCAUCAAUCCCAGCAACACAAAAGGCUCAAACUACACUGGAUCUACUGGAGCACUUGCAGGUUCACAGGAACCUUAUUCAGACUCAAGAGAGAAGAAAUUGAAAAGUCAAGAUACAGAUAUACCUGGUGCACCAGAGAACUUGACUUUCCGGGAGCGACAAAGACUCUUUUCCCAGGGUCAAGAUGUGUCUAACAAAGUAAAGGCAUCUAGGAAAUUAACAGAAUUGGAAAAUGAAUUAAAUACAAAGUAGGAUAACUGUCACCUUAUCAAAUAAUCAGAAAAUCUCUAUGGAACUAGAGUUGGGGCAGUUCAAGGAGGAGCAUCUCAUAUCAAAUGAGAUAUUUUUUCCGUCUGGACUAUUUCUUUCUAAACUAUAUGUUGCAAUAGCAAGAAAAUCAAUUAUUUGCCAAGUGCUUGUGGUUUAUACAAUUGAGGCACUGUAAAAUAUAUUUUAAUUAAAUAAAUCAAGUGUCAUGUCCUUUUCCACAUCAUUGUCCUUUAGCUGCUUUUGGAACUGUCUGGAAUUGUUGCUUCCUAGUCUUUUACAAAACAUGUAAACAUCUGUUAAGCAGAAAGAGUGGCUGUAGCUUGAACUGCCUAACUACCACGGCUUGUUGCACUGUAGAUCUGAUACAAGUGUAAGGUAAUAUAAAAUUUUAAGAGAUCUUGGGAGCUAGUCUUUCAGAUUAGUAUCAUAAUAGUGAACACUAGUAUUAGGAGUCCAAUUUCUAUAAACCUUUGCUAUAAACACACUUGAUUAUUAGAAGUAAAAGGGCUCCAUUAUCAUGUCCAUACUAAGCCACAUAGAUCAUUCUAUGUACAUCUAGAUUUUGGACAUUAAAUACUUGACUUGUUUUGAUGGCAGUCCAGCAAUGUAACAAGAUAUGCAUCCUAUUUUUCCCACUGUCUUCUCUCUUACACUGAAGUAUUAAUCACUUCUAAAACUUGAGUUUUGAAGCAUUGAUAAGAGUUUUAAAAUAAGUAAUAUUGGACACUGGGUCUGGUGGUGCGUGUGCGUGUAUGCGUAUGUAUUGUUUUAAAGCUAUUCUGAAAUUUCACACUUUAGCAAUAUGGAAUAAACUUCAAGUGGUAGCUCCAUUGUAGCCAAGAUAAAACCAAAGUUAAAUAUUCACAAAUAGACUAAAGAUGUCAAUUAUCAGUAGCAGGCAAUUAAGCACUACACGCAGGGGAAAUGUGGUUAUUUGUGGCUGCAAAAGGAAAGAAAAAUUGCCUUUCAGUAAGAAUUUCCUUUGAGGGAACCUGGCAAUAUUCUGAUGGCAUGGUCAUCAAACAUUCGUAUAGAAAAGUGCUGGUCAAGGUACCUCUAGUUUGCUAUUGUUCUUUUUGUUUAUAUUGUAGAAGAUGUUGGCAGUUCAAGCUAUUUUACACACUAUGUUGCAGGAUUAUUUAAUUUUUAAAUGGUUGAAAUCUGUUUCACCCACUGAUCUUUCAGCUACAUGUAUAGCUGAUGUUAAGAAUAAAGACCUCAUCUUAGUUUGUUUUUGCAUUGUGUGAUGCUUAAAACAAUAUAUUGUGAUUCUAAACAAAUUUUCUAUUUGAUAAAAGUCCUUAAUUGGGUUUUAGAUGAUUUUUCUGUAUAAUAUGUUCUCUUAUAAAUAUAUAUUUAGGGAAUUAUGCACACUUCCAAAUGCAGAGGGUAGACUUUACUGCCUUAGAAAUCACUUUUAAUAAGAGUUGUAUGAUAAAAAAAAUAAAUGCAAGUUAAUGAUAAAAUUGGAGUGUAAAUAUUUUUUUUACAUAGUUCAGGUUUCUUAUUUGAAAGUGUUCUUUUAAUGUUCACCUGUUAAAUAUGAAGUAGGAGAUUAAAUUGGUUGAAAGUGUUAAUGAAGGAUCGCAUGCUUGUUAUGUCUGUUAUUCAGGGAAAAAGGAGGUGUCCCCCAAUUUAUCUUAAGAACACUAGAUAUUCUGUGGCUGGAAUACUAUUGCUGCUAGAAUUUAAGAAAAGAAAUAUUACUUACUGUGGAGUGGAUUUGAACACUAUUCGGCAGGGGCAGGCAACUUUACAACCCGUGGAUUUCAACUCCCAGAAUUCCUGAGCCAGGAAUUCUGGGAGUUGAAGUCUACAGGUCAUAAAGCUGCCAUAGUUGUCCACCCCUGCUUAUUGGGCAUUCAAGCCAUGUGAAUAUGAAUAAAAAUGCUUUUCAUAAGUUGGUGCAUUAUGGAGAAAACAACAUAAGAACUGCUGUGGUUUCCCAUUUCUACUGUAUUUCACUUGCAACCUAUUUUUAAUAAACUUUGUAUUGUAUUUAA